AAACAUCGAUUAUUAUUAAAUACUAAAGGAAUUAAUAGAUAUAUAUUUUGAUUGAUUCCAAUAUAAUUUUUAAAACAAUGAACGCUGCUACCGCCUUUAAAACAGUGGAAAUUUUGCAAAAUGCAUUCAGAAUAGUCGCGUUUUUGCAUCUCUCCGACUACUUAUGGCCGCACCAAGCUGUUGUUCGUGAUGGAGCUAGUUACGACUUCAUAGUAGUCGGCGGUGGAACAGCAGGAAGUGUCAUUGCCAAUAGACUAUCAGAAGUCGAACACAUCAAUGUUCUGCUAAUUGAAGCUGGUGGCAAUCCACCCUUUGAAUCAGAUCUACCUGCUAUUCCUAUUACAAUGCAAAAAUCUCGCUACGAUUGGAACUAUACGGCAGAGCUCGAGGGAUUUGAAGAUUCUUGUCGGCUCAAACUUUCGUAUGAAAUAAUUUUAGGAAAAAUGCUUGGAGGUAGCAGUUCUUUGAAUUACAUGAGUUAUAAUAGAGGGCAUCCCAGUGAUUACGAUUCAUGGGCCGAAGCAGCCAAUGAUGCCACCUGGAAAUGGGAAAAUGUUUCACCAUAUUUUAUAAAAUCGAUCAAACUGAAUGAUGCACAAAUUCUUCAGUCAGUUGACAAGAAAUAUUAUGGAACUGAUGGAUUACUCCAAAUAACUAAAGACCACCGGGAAGGAAUAGAUACAUAUUUAGACGCCUACCGGGAACUUGGACAUGACAUAUUGCUUGACUUCAAUGAAAACAAUGUUUUAGGAUUUUCGUCGCAGAUGUUAACGAUAGGUGGUAGAUCUCGCCAAAGUUCUGCAUAUGCAUUUUUAUCUCCAAUCAAAACCCGACAUAACCUUCAUGUACUGAAAAAUACUUUAGUUACUAAAGUCUUGUUUGACGAUAACAAAAAAGCUGUGGGCGUAGAAGUCCUUACUGAGGAUCGUAAAACGAUGACAUUGAAAGCUAAAAAAGAAGUUAUUGUGUCUGCUGGAGUAAUAAAUACACCUAAACUGCUAAUGUUAUCUGGUGUGGGGCCAGAAGACCAUUUAAGGCGGAAAAAUAUAGAAGUGGUUUCAAAUUUACCUGUAGGUGAAAAUCUACAGGAGCAUCUCAGUACCAUUAUAGUUCACAAUAUGGAAAACGUUACUGAUCCACCAGAACCCAGCCCUUACCAAUUACCUGGAUUCUCAAUCACUGGUUUUGUUUCACUGAACCAAUCUUCGAAAAUUCCUGAUUACCAGCAAGUAACGUAUGUAACUACACCAGAAGUUAUAAUAUACUACUGCACUUUUGCAUUUCAAUUCAGCGAUGAAGUUUGCAAUAACAUUUUUAAACAAAACGUGAAAAGACUUCAAGUGUUCAGUGAAAUAAUAAAUAUAAACCCAAAGUCACGAGGAAAAGUACUUCUGAAAACUAUUAAUCCUGAAGAUCCUCCAGUUAUUACCACUGGAUUUUUUUCAAAUAAAGAUGAUAUUGAUGUUCUUAUAGACAGUAUACUCGACUAUCUACGUGUGAUAAAUACAACUUACUUUGUGGACGUCGGUUCAGAGUUAGCAGAACCGGCUCCUAGGUGUAAUAAAUUUGGGAAAGAUACUAGAGAGUUCUGGCAUUGUUACGUUACAUGUGUUUCUGUUGGGUUAAACCAGAUAACCAGUACAUGCCCUAUGGGCACUGUUGUUGAUGGAAGAUUACGAGUUCAUGGCGUAAAAGAUCUGCGUAUAGCUGAUGCUAGUGUGAUGCCGACUAUCACUAGGGGAAAUCCAAUGGCGGCAAUCAUAAUGAUUGCAGAAAAAGCAUCCGAUAUGAUAAAACAGGAUCAUAAUUUGAUUUAAUAUUUUUUGUGAUUGCUGGUAAAUUGUGGCAUUUU